AUGGCCGGGGGCUGGGGGGCGAAGGCGCAGGGCGGGGGGAUGCUGCUGGCUCUCCUCGGAUGGAUCAGCUCCUGCGUCACCACCUUCGUGCCGCUCUGGAAGAACCUCAACCUGGACCUGAACGAGCUGGAGGUCUGGAACAUGGGGCUCUGGCAGGUCUGCAUCACCCAGGAGGAGGGGGUGGUUGAAUGCCAAGCCCACGGCUCCUUCCUGGCUCUGCCCCCCGAGCUGCGCAUCUCUCGCCUCCUGAUGUGCCUCUCCAACGGGCUGGGGCUGCUGGGCUGCCUCCUGGCUGCCCUGGGGCUGGAGGGCUGGAGAACCUGCGAGGACAAACCCGGGCGAAAGCGGCAGCUCCUGCUUGGCGGGGGAGCCACGCUGGGCCUGGCAGGGAUCACCACCCUGGUGCCGGUCUCCUGGGUCGCCUACAACACCGUCCUCGACUUCUGGGACGAGACUGUGCCCGACAUCGUGCCCAGGUGGGAGUUUGGGGAGGCCACCUUCCUGGGGUGGUUUGCUGGAGCCUUCCUGGCCGCUGGAGGACUGCUCCUCGCCUGCAGCGCCCGCGCCACGAGCACCGACACGCCGCUGGCCCCCGCCUGCCACCAGGGCCCUGCUGCCCCGGGGCUGCCCAGGGGGCACCACCUGCACCCCAAAAAUGCAGACUUGGUCAUCUAGGCCCUUAGGGUGCUGUGCCUGUGCACCUCGUGGCUCUUCCCCUGGCAGGGAGGGCUCCUGCUUGUUUCACAGGAUGAUUUGCUAAUU